AUGAGAAACACCACCUGCUACUUGCCCAAUGGCCUCACCUUUAACGUCUCGCCCGUUUUCGGUGGGGUCACCUUCAAAUCCGCCGAUUUCAACGUCCAGCGCAACUCCACCUUCCCCCCAGGAUGGACAAUCAUAAUCCACACCGAGAAGCCUCACAAGACAGACGAGCAGAAAGAAGAACCAGACUCAGAGCAACCCGGCGACGAUGAAGACAGAUUUACCCGUUUCACUACCCCCACCUUAACCCGCGACUCCCUCUACAUCUCGUAUAUAGUGAACCCACCAUCAAGCGACUUCAAGCCCGUGACCUCACCCACGCGCCAGAUCGCCAUGAUGCUGUGGGCAACUCUAUGGUGGUACUUCCACGAGCCCGAACCAGACCUGCACAUGGAGACCGCGGAGUCAAGCAUGACCCCGCGCGACGGACGCCCAAAGGGCGUCUGGCGGGUAAACAUCAAGCGGGAAGGGAUCUUCAAAGGCCGGAACCUGCUCCAGAAGCUGGAGCGGAUGGGCCUAAUAGCGACCGAAGACUCCUCCGUUGGCCUCCAGCCCAUGGAAACCCGCGACUCAAGCAGCUGGUCAACGAUGUUCGUAAGCCGCCGCAGCUUCUGGCAGCUCGACCCACGACUAUUCCUCUUCACACUCACGCCCAACAGAGGCCGUCCAUCAACACCUCCGUACCGGUCGCGUAAUGUGUCGCCCGCGCCCGAUGGCUCACCCAGCACAACGCCGCACGCGCUGGCGCCCAUGGAGGCAACAUUCCAGACGGCGAAUAUGGGCCCGUUCACCUCGGUAGGACCGUUUACCUCCGGCAGCCAUCUACCAACAUACUAUCCCCCACCGCCGCUGCAGUUCACCUCCACGAACGGGGUGCGACACCCCGUGCGCCCGAAACCGCCGCACCAGGGCGAGGUCUUCUACGUGCGCUACAUCCCCAGUAUGAGUCAGUAUCUCUCAUUCCGCGUGGCGUUUGUGCCGAUGACGGCGGAUGGUGCUACUGAUGGUCGACCUGGGACGCCUGUUACCACGGCUGUGACGAGCAUCGCGCAGCAUCUCACUGAGGAUAUCUGCUCUGAUCUGGACACGCUGCAUCGGUGGAUGAAUAUCCCGCGGGUGGAGGCAAUGUGGGGUGAAGGCGGACCCAAGUCUGUGCAGGAGAAGUUCCUGUUGGCUACUCUGACUAGCCGACACAGUUUCCCUGUUAUCGGGUGUUGGGACGGGAAGCCGUUUGGGUAUUUUGAGAUCUACUGGGUCAAGGAAGAUCGGCUGGGACGACUUGUGGACCAUGUGGAUAAUUAUGAUCGGGGUAUUCAUCUGCUUGUUGGGGAACAGGAGUUCCGCGGUGCGCAUCGGGUUGCGGUUUGGUUGAGUGCCUUGGUGCACCAUUGCUUCUUGUCGGAUAUGCGGACUGAAUCUGUGGUUUUGGAGCCGCGGAUUGAUAAUAUCAAACUCAUUAAUUACCUCCAAAAAGCAGGCUUCUAUAAAGAAGGCGAGGUCAGCUUCCCGCAUAAGCACUCUGCCAUCAUGAGGAUCAAGCGCGAGUACUGGGAAAGUCCGGCUCUAUAG